AUGCAGGAUAUGCCUGCUAUGACCAUGAUAAGCCUUGCCGGACCUGGUGGGGUGGACGGGUGGACGGGUGGACACGGCAGCAACGUCCGUGUUUUGAUCCCCGCCAACGGUCCAGCUUUCCAACUACAUCUCCUCAACCAGAUCUCAGCCAACAACUUCGAUUCGUGCCGCAAAACGCAGCCAUUCCUCCAAUCACAAUACAAAAGCGCGCAGCCUGAUCAGACGGAUCACCUUGAGCCACGAUCCAACAACUUGCUCCCCCAUCCGCAGCAAACGCGCUCAGUCGCGCGCAGCGGCCAGCAAAACAAACUCACCAUGUCGCACCUAGGCUCUCAUCUGGAGCAAAUCCACUACUCUUGUCAAGGCAUCGACCUUCUCCCCUUACCCGUUCUUGCAAGCUUCCCACCGCCCAAAAUCUUCACGAACGCGCUCCUCUCCCGCCACGACAUCACGUCUCUGAUCCGGGACACGGAAUCCCACGAACGCGCGCUCUUCUCCGUCCCGGCGCCGCCCCCGCCAGUUCCCGCCAGCACCGCGAGCAAACGCGCUCCCGAAGCCGGCGACGCCAAGACGCAGCAACCGGCGGCUAAGCGCCGCCAAACCGUCUUCAACGUGACCACCACGGGCGACGUCGUCACCACCGGCCCCCGCCACAACACACAACCACAACCAGCGCGCAAACACACGGCCGUCGCCGCCGUCCUCGGGGGGUCCAUGCACCAGCGUCUGCAGCGGAGCGACGCGGCCGUCGACGUCGAGGUGCUGCUCCGCGGCGCCGAGACGCUGUGCGGCGUGUACGAGCUUCCCGGGGCGAGGGAGCGCAUCGCCUCGCUGCGCGCCAAGUGGCGCAACGGGCGGGAGACGGUGGCGUACUACGAGGCGAGGGUCGCGGAGCAGGCCGUCGCGUUGGCGGGGCUGAGCCGGAACUGGAUGGACGAGGAGGACGAGGCGCCCGGCGCGGAGGAAGGGGAAGGGGAUGUGUGGACCGUGGAGGAUUUGAAGAGGGAGGAGGAGCAGGCGAGAGAGCUGGAGACGAAAAAGAAGGAGCUGCAGGCGAGGCUGCGCGCCAUGGAAAAGGACCUGGGUGGGCUGAGGAGCAUGUAA